AUGAGUCAAGUGAGCCUCAAGGUAAACGCCGGCGUCAAUGAGGUCCGGGCAGCUGCAGGACACAACAGAGAGCAAUGGGAUAGGUUCUAUUUCAUAACCAAGGAGGAAGCCAGACAACUCUCGGAAGCACACCCAAAUUGGACGAGGUGGAUCCAUAUUCCAGCGAACGUGAAGGACUCCAUGUUAGAGGGGAUAAACAAUAGGCUGGUUGCAGAAGGCAUCCCGGCUGUGGAAAUGAUAAUUUUGAAGUGGAGAGUCUCACAGCUCCUGAGAGAUAUUCAACGAAGAUACAGUACGUAG